UCCCAAAAAAGCCCUCCAAUUUUUUUUUUUUGCACAUGGAACUUUGGAAGCUUCAAAACCUUGAACCUCUGUAAUGGCUUCCUCCACUGCCAAGCCCUAGCUUCAACUUUUCUCACUCUCGUUCUUCGUCCUCAACUCUCGGAGAGAAUUUUUCGCUUAUGCUUCCGCUUUAAUGGAUAGGCAAAUUGACGGACAUGCCGUUCCUUCGACAUCUACUAAUGGCAGGGCUGCUUUAGCGUCUACUUCUUCGUCUCUGCAACCUGAUUACAGUAGCCGAGCAGUACAGGAAGCGCUGAAACAUCUGGCAUCUAUUGAUCUGAUCGAGUUAUGCAAUGAAGCAAAAGUUGAGCAUUGUCGGGCCACAAGAGACUUGAGAAGCUGUGGACGGGAUGUUCAGUAUGUGUUGAAUUCAUGCGGACAUGCCUCUCUGUGUGAAGAAUGUUGCCAACGUUGUGAUACUUGCCCAAUAUGUAGAGUCCCAGUUCCGAAGAGCAGUGCUAGAACACAUCUUCGUCUUUUUUAUGAGUGUGUUGAAGCUGGUCUCAUUCCCAAGAAUUCCAAGGAACAGGCUUCUAAGGAGGAAGAUGGGGAGGAUAGAAUAUCUACAGAUGUUCAACGCUUGUAUUCCUUAUUUGAUGUUGCGCUGGAAAAUAACAUGGUUUCUCUAAUCUGUCACUAUGUUAGGGAUGUUUGUAUGGAUGAGAGUGCUGUAUCAAGUGACCCUGUCAUUGCAUUUUUGUUGGAUGAAGUGGCCGUGAAGGAUUGGUGUAAGCGGGCCUCCAGGAACAUUAUUACAGAACUUCAAGAAAUAUAUAACUCUGGUGUAGAGGGAAUGAGAUCCAGGUUGACCGUACUACUCAAGUUUUCGGUGCACCUUGCUGGCAUAUCCAAUGUGCUUGAAGUGUUGGACUCAUCAUUUAGAAGUUCUCAUUCAGCACAGCUUGAGGACCUGCACAAUCUUCAUGAGGACAUAUUGAAGAUCAAACAGGUUCACUUAGGAAGUAAUGUGGUUAUCAAUCAUCACGCUGUCUUGCUUUUUUCUUAACUAUUUUAAAACAGCAUGCCAUAGUUCUUGCCUCUUGGCUUCUUUAAAUGAAAUAUGCCCUGGCUUUCAACUAACUGACAUGCCCCUUCAGUAGUUGAGGUCACUGAUUCCUGAUUUAUGGCUCAUUUAAGUAGUAGAUGUACUUUCUGAUCAGCUGGAGAGUACUGAAUGAAAACAUGCUAACUCAAUGGAUAUGCUAAGAUGUUUUCACACUCAGAAAAAAGGAGAAUCUUACC